AUGUUGGCGGCAGAAAAAACGAUGGAAAACAAGCAACAGCAAAAUGAACACAACAACGAGAGUUAUUCGAACUUUUUCCCAUCGAAUUCCAACAAUAAUCCGAUGGCGAUGCGAAUGAUUGCAUCGUGGGAUAUCGAUCGAGCUACACCGUCUACUGUGUUGAGGUUGGUGUGUUUUGGGAGCGGGAAAUUGAUGGGAAAUGAUGGAUUUUUGGUUCUGGAGAUAAUUUUUCACUGGAAAAUUCGGGUUUUUCAUCGAAAUUUGAUGAAAUACAUGAGUUUGGGCUUGUUUUUGACCAGUUUUGAUGGAAAAUGCGAUUGUGAAGCUGAUUUUGAUGAAAAAUUCAGUUUUUUGAGCAGAAAAUAGAUGAAAAUCAUGAUUUUCAAGCUAAGGAAAUCAAUUUUCAUUGAAAAAACUGGAUUUCUGACAAGAAAUGAUAGUAUUUUAUCAUUAAUCAAGUUAUUUCAUUGAAAAUCACAGUAUUCCGUCAGAAAUUGGAUUUCCCAAGCUAAAUUACAUGGAAAUUGAUCUAGAGACCUGGUUUUCAGUCGAAAAUUUGGAUUUUUCAUGAAAAUUGCUCUUGAAACCUGGAUUUAGGCUUAGUUGACCUAAUUCUAGCUGAAAAUAUCGAUUUUUCUUGGAAAUUGGCAUAUUUUCAGUGAUUUUCAGCUGAAAAAUCGAAAUUUCUAUGACAAUUUAACUCCAGAUCUCAAUUUUCCACCCUAAAAACGAAAUUCUUGUGAUUUUUCACCUCUCGAACAAUUUUUAGUCUGAAAUUUUGAUAAUUUUUGGAAUUAGGCCAAUUUUGGACAGGUUUUCCACUUGAAAAUCACAUUUUUAUCAAAAUUGUCAAGAAAAUUUGAUUUUUGACCGAAUUUUGGGUCAAAAAUUGAGAUUUUCUCGAAAUUUUGGCUGAAAAUCACAGAUUUCCAACCAAAAACCACUAAAAAUUCCAGUUUUUAAUACCAAAUCUGAAAAUCCCUCUGUUUUUUUUCCAGAUUAAUCAAUGUUUCAAUUAAUCGGAUUGUUUUGGAUGGUGUUUCCCCACAAUUAUCAUCGAUUAUUGUAACCGCAAAAUUGCCGGUGAGUUUUUGGGUGAAAAUUAUUUAUUUUUGGCUCAAAAUGCUCCAAAUUUGGCUCAAAAUUCUCCCAUUUUUCAGCUUUCCAAAAGGACCCGAAAUCUUCGUUCCAACGAGAUCAAAGUUAGCCAAAAUCAAGGAAAAAUCGACCUGAAUUGUGAUAUUUCUUAUGCAAUUCAAUAUCCGCAUUUUCUGAAAAGGAAAUCGAAUAUUUUACAAUUGGUUAUUCAAAGAAGAAGAAAGUAUAAGAAUCGAUUGCCGGGAGGUUUCAAGGAUUUGGCCAUUGGAAAUAUUAAUUUGAAUUAUGUGAGGAUUUUGGGGGUUUUCGGAGGGAAUUUGGGAUUUUUGAGCUAAAAAUUGUGGAAAAUGAUGAAAAAUGACCCAAAAUUCAUAAUUUUCAACCUAAAUUUCAAAAUUUUCCACUAUUUCAAGCUAAAAAUCAUCAGAAAUGACCUAAAAUCAAUUAUUUUCGUUUCUGAUUCAACAAAAUUUCAAAAUUCAAAUUUUCUGAUAUUGUUAGGGUCUCUGAGCGAAAACGUACAGUACUCCUUGAUUUUCUGAUGAAAAAUUUGAAUUUUUGGGGAUUUUUUGGGUCCCAGAGCGAAAACCUACAGUAAUCUCAGAUUUUCUGAUGAAAAAUUUGAAUUUUUGGGGAUUUUUUGAGUCCCACAGCGAAAAGGUACAGUACUACCUGAUUUUCCCGCCGAAAAUUCAAUUUUUUAGGUCCCGAAGCGAGUUUUGAAAAAUUUUACCGAAAAAAACUUGAUUUUGUAAUGAUUUGGGUCUCACAGCGGAAAAGUACAGUACUACCUGUUUUCCCGCCAAAAAUGCAAUUUUUUGGGUCCCACAGCGAAAAAGUACAGUAUACCGCUAAGUUUCCUGCCAAAAAUUCAAAAUUUCUGAUGUUUGUAGGGUCUCAGAGCGAAAUCCUACAGUAAUCUCUGAUUUUUAGAGAGAAAAUUUGAAUUUUUGGGUCUUGAAAGGACAACUACAGUAAACUCUGAUUUGUGUAGUGAAAAUUGAAUUUUUGGGAAAAAUACAGUAUCUCGCUAUUUUCCCGCCAAAAAUUCCAAUUUUUGAGAAUAAUUUUGGACCACUCAGAAAUUUUUCAAAUUUUUUUUGGUCUCAUCACGAAAACCUACAGUACCCCCUCAUUUUCCCGCCAUUUUUCAGAUUAUGCAACAAGGUGGACUUCGUGAAAUUGCCCUAAACGCAGCCGACAGUGAAAUGGAGCUUAAAGGCGCAGGCUUGUGUGUUGGACGAAUUGAGCUAACUUCUUGUUAUUCGCAAGCACCCGAACAUGUGGAUGAUAGAUAUAAUAAGUCGAAAAAAGUGCCCGAGGAUUCGGAUGUGAGUGAAAUUUGGGGAAAAUGAUGAAUUUUUGACCUGAAAUUGAGAUUUUUGAGCUUGAAAUGAGCUUCUACCCCAAAAAAAAAUUAUGAGAUUUUUUGGACCAGAAAUUGACCAGAAAAAAAAAUGCAAUUUGCAAUUUAUAUUAGUUUUUCGGAAUAAAUUAUUUCCCCCCCAGGAAACUGGAUUUUUUGGGGACUGAAAAAAAUCACUGUUUCAAAAAUUUGAUGAAGAUUUGAUUUCCAGUAGAUUUUGAAUUUUUUGUUGUGAAAAAAAUCCCGAAAAAUUUACGUUUCAACAUUUUCAUAAAUUCACCUGAAAAUGUUGUCCAAUUUGAUUUGUUGAAUUUGUUGUCGAAUUUGAUUUUUUGAAUUUAAAAAUUGAAAAAUUCACUGUUUCAAAAAUUUGAUAUUUUUUAUGGGAAAUUUUGGGUUUUACAAAAUUCGUAUUUUAAAAAUAAAAUUUUGAAAAUUCACUGUUUCAAUAAAAAUCAAGGAAAAACCCAAUCUGAAAAUGUGAACCUGGAAUUUUCUGAAAACCUACAUUUUUUCACUGUUUCAUAAUUUUCUUAUUGAAUAAUUUUUCCAUUUUUGGUCAGUGUGUAAAGCUGACCGAAAAUAUUCAGAAAAAUUCCAUUGUUUCAAAAUUUUGUUAUGUAAAACAUUUUCAUUUUUUCUCUAAUUUACGGAAUAUUUUCACCUUCAAAAUGUAGUUCAACAAAUUUUUACUGUUUCAAAAUUAUUUUGAAUGUUUUGUAAUUAAAAUAAAAUCGAUUCCAAGCCUUUAAUACCGAAAAUCAACAUUUUCCAUAGGUAAAUAAUUGUAAGUGGAAAAAUUCACUGUUUCAAAGUUUUAUUAUCAAAAAUUGUUCAAUUUUCAUAACUACUGUUUUGCAAAAUGUAAUUGGAAAAUAAUGCUGAAAAAUUAGUAGAAAAUUUUAAGAAUUCACUGUUUCAAAAUUGAAUCAUCAAAAAAUCUCCAAUUUUGCUCCAGUUAGCCGAAAACUUUUAUCGAAAACUUCCCAAAUUUUCCAGGAAGACACUGAAACCGACUAUGAUGACGUGGAUGACUUGAACGAAGUUGGAACAUCAGCCAGAAGUGGUCACACCGUAAAACCGGGCGACGACAAUCCGCGUCGACGCCGCCACAAAAAUUUCCGCCAAAAAUUGACGAACAUGAUCAGACGAUUCAAUAAACAAGGUGGAUCUGAUGAAUUUGUGGCGGAAAAUGAGAAAAUUCUGGCGAAUUCCAAGAGAACUGCGACGGCGCAAGAAUUGGAAGCGCUUUUUGAGGAGCUGUCGGAUUUCAGUGAUUCUGGACCUGAAAUGAUGCAAGAUGAUAUUUCGAUUUGUAGUAAUCCGCGGCCGAUGCUUCAACCGUUUUUUACGCGAAGUCGAGAGGUUUUGCCAGCGAUUUAUGAUGGGGUAAGAGAGUUUUGGGAGGGAAAAUGCUGAAUUUCGAACUGGAUUUGAAAUUUGGCGAUUUUUGAAUGUGAAAUGGUCUUGCCACGAGAAUUUGCUACAAAAUUGUAUUUUCCAUGAAAAUUUAGGUCUCGGAACGAUUUUCAUAGCUCUACACCUAAAAAAUCGCUUCAGGACUCAUUUUUUAAUGAAAAAUCCGAUUCUUUCGGUCCAGAGCUUGGAAAAUCGCUUCGAGACCCAAUUUAUUAUGAAAAAUUCGAUUUUUUUGCUUGUGGACCUCUGAAAUCCAGAUUUCCACGGAAAAUCCGAUUUUUCCGACCCAGAGCUCGGAAAAUCGCUGCGAGACCCAUUUUUUGAUGAAAAAUCCGAUUUUUACGGUCCAAAGCUUGGAAAAUCGCUCCAGGACUCAUUUUUUCAUCAAAUUUUUAGAAAAAUCCACGUUGCAAAAUUGUUUCAUACUGUGAUUUUAGGUUAGAAUUUUGGGGCUCAAAAAUUACAGUACCCUAAAUGUCAUCUCCCGCCAAAAAUUACAGUAAUCUGAUAAGUUUUGGCCUGAAAUUAAAUUUUGAAAAUCCACGUGGCAAAAUUUUCCGGUGUCAAAAAUUCUGAAUUUUUAUCCCAAAAUCCAAUUUUCUACCAAAAAUUUCUGAUUUUUCUCCAAAAUUAUAAUUUGAGGUCUAAAAAUCCUCAAAAAAUGAUGAAAGGUUCUAAAUUUUGAUCCAAAAAUUCAGAAAAUUUGGAAAUUUCACUAUAACUACAGUAAUCCAGGCCUAAAAAUUCCCAAAAAUUCACGAUUUUCCCACCCAAACCCCCGAAUUUUUCCAGCAAGAAGCAUCAGAAUCAGAAGGUGAAAAAGAGGAGAAUUGUUGGUCAUCUGAGGCCGAAAACAACACGAAAGAAAAUCAGAAAAAACAAUCAAACCUAACUCAAAAAUUCUCGCUGAACAGUCAUCAAGAAGAGCCAGAAAAUAGCAAGAAAAUACGACUUAUCUCAAAUUCUUUUGAUAAUUCUACGAAUUUGACACAUUCCACAACUUUUGGAUCGAUUUUGGAUAGAAAAACGACGAAUUUCAGCAGUCUCACUGAACAGUUGGCUCAAUUAAAUUUGGGCUCUUCUUCGUGUGAUGGCGAAAUUGCGGUGUGGUUGUGUAAUUUGCAAGAUUUUCCGCAUUUCGCGCAACUCUCGCCGCAUUUAAAUUUGAUUAAUUGCCCCAAUAGUUUGUGUGUCAAACAGACGAUUAAUCAUGUGGUUAUGAGGAUUCAGAAUUAGUGAGUUUUUGCGGGGAGUUUUGGGGGCUAAAAAUCCAGGUUUAGGCUAAUUUUUGAGCUCAAAUUUGAGCUUAAAAUGCUCAAAAUCACCUAGAAAAAAAUUGUUAUUUUUUGAGCUCAAAAUUGAGCUGAAAAUGCUCAAAUUAACCCUGAAAAUUUGGCUGAAAAUCCUGUGAUUUUUAAAAUUUUCCUCAUUUUUUCACUGUUUCAAAAAUUAUUUAUUUUAAUUUUUUCAAUAUAAUAAUUGCUUGAGUUUGAAAAUAAAAAAAAUUUACUGUUUCAAAAUUUUUCGAAAAUUUAAUCCAAUCAAAAUUAUCUCAGAAAGUGUCCUGACAGCCGUCGGCGAGAAAAUCUCGCCAGCUAGCACGCGAGCCGGCAGACGGCCGUCCAUUUCUCGCAUUUUUCUGGCGAGACCUCGCCAGUUCUCGCUGCUAGCUAGCGCUUGUCUGUUGUUUUUGCAGUUCAUAGAGCUUGUUUUGAAAGAAUUUAUUAAACAAAAAACACUUCAUUUAUCGGAAUCCUGUGUAUGUCGAAGUGUGGAGGGUGAUGUGUUGUUUUCCAGGCUGCGAAGAGUUGGUUGAUGAUUGUAGAAUCUGAAAUGUUCAAUCAUGUUUAAAACUUCGUUUGAAAAAUAUAGGGCAUUGGGAAAUGAGAAAUAAUGUAGUCAUUUUUGAAGUUUUUCAAGUUUCAUAUUCAGGUAUCCCAUUAUCUGCAAAAUGAAAAAACACUGCAGAGGGAGCUUUCAUUGUCUAGAAAACACAACGAGCCAAAAUUACAAGGUUUUCGUAGAAAGUGAGUCAGUGCUGACAAGCGAUUUAGGAGCUUGACUUGACAAUGACAUGGCAAUUACUUGGCAACUACUUAUUCCUAUCACUAUCAAUUUUCUAAAAGUAAUGAUGUUCUAAUUUAUCAAGCACUGAUGGAAAAAUACAAUCAAAUACAUUUCUAGAUGAGUAACAAACAUGAAUAUAGAAUUUUCCAUUCGAAGUUCAUAUAGAAUGAGUUCUUUUCUCAUGAAAUCGAUUUGUUCCUACACUAGAGCAUGAUUUUAAAACUACUGGGACUUAGGAACCAAAGCUUUCAUUCAAACCACCUUACCUUACACAUUUUAUCAAAAAUAUUGUUGUGUUGCUCGUCCAUCCCGCCAUUUCAGUCGAAAACAUCGCUUCAAACAUCGAGAGCCCUGUAAAAUAGGUUUACACUAAUUUACUGAAUUAAAAAUCAUCUGCACUCACCAAAAACACAUUUUCAUGUCACGAAGGUGCCUGGCAAUGUGCUCCGUCUCCAUUCCAACACUUUGCGACGUUGCUUGCAUGUUUUCUGUGAAAAUUUUCGAUGAAAAAGGCAUAAAAAGAUUUUAGGCCAAAAAAUUCGAAAAAAAAUGAAAAAGGAAAUAGACGAGCAAAUCUGCUCCAGUCGCAAUUUUUUCUGUCCGCUAGCUGGCGGCGAGAAGAUGCGCUCGAUCCUCCCCUUUUUAUGAGAAUGCGAGCUGGCGGACAGCCUCUGCUAGCUUUCGACAGCUCGCAACCUCGCGGACGGCUGUCAGGACACUUUCUGAGAUUGGUGUUCCAACAAAAUUUUCUUCUGAAAAAUCACUGUUUCAAAAAUUUUAUACAUUUUCAAGGUUGAAAAAAUUAUUUUGAUAAUACACCAGGAUAAAUAAUUUUUAAAAAUUCACUGUUCCAAUAUUUUUCGAAAUUUUUUUGGAUGAAAAAUCAGUUCGAUGGGUCAAUGGAAACGAAAAAUCCAUAGCAAAAUUAUAAUUUUUCACUGUUUCAAUAUUUUUUUUAAAUGUUAACCAAAUAGUCUGGAUUCAAGAAAAAAUGCACUGUUUCAAAAUUUUGCUGAAAACUGGAGAUUUUCUUCGAAAUUUUGGUAAUAUCAUUUCAUUUAAUGUCAAAAAAUGUACAUUUUUCAUUUAAAAAUAUUGCUGUUUCAAAAAUUUUCCAAAUUUAUUUGAUUCUUGAAUUUCUGAUAUCGUACCUGCUACAACAAAUAAACAUAUUUGAAAUAGUGAAUUUUUUUAUCGAAAGAAUCCUGUAUAUAACCAAAAUUUCCAAGAAAAAUCCAUUUUUUCGUGAAUUUUUGAAACAGUAAAUUUUUUCAAGACAUUUGUCUGCCUUUAAACCAUGAGAAGCAAAAAAUAUUCUAUAAAACCCCCAAAAAUCAAUUUUGGAAUCAUUCAACAAAAAAACAUGAAUAUCUAUAUUUUCUUGAUUUUUGCUGUUAUGUCUCCUGAAGAUACACCUGGCCUUAUACGAUUUGGCAAAAAAUAAUUGAAUUCUUGGCAUUUUUUUUGAAUAAAAGUUGAAUUUUAGCUUAUUUUUUGAGCUAGAAAUGCAUGAUUUUCGGCUGUAAAAAUUGUUCGCUAUAUGCUUGAAACAGUAAAUUUUUUUCGGUAAUUUUUUCUGAAUUUUUUCAGGAAUUGUCUCAGUUUUACCAAAACUUGCAAGAAAAUCCAAUUUUUCGUGAAUUUUUGAAACAGUGAAAUUUUUUCUGAAUUCAGAUAUUAUUACCAAUAUUUCAACAUAAAACCUUUGAAACAGUGAAAUUCAUAGAAAAAAUAGAUUUUUUAUGCAAAUUUGCAAUCACCAAAUUUCCAAAAGAAAUCUAAUUUUAGGCAAAUUUCUGAAACAGUGAAUUUUUUCAAGGGGAAUAUUGAAAAAAAAGUGAAAUUAAUUGCCCUAUGAGGAUCUUUUCAUUUUUUUUUUCAAUUAAUUUGACUGAAUCAUCCUAAAUAUAACGAUAAAUUAGCAAAUUUUCCAAAAAAAAAUCUAAUUUUUGGCAAACUUUUGAAACAGUGAAUUUUUCCCAUGAUUUUUUCUGAAUUCUGAUUCAUUGAAAUAGAAAAUCAAUUUUCAUAAAUAUUUUAACACAAAACCAUUUUUGAAACAGUAAAAUUUUUAUUGAAAAUAUUGAUUUUUGGAAUAAAAAACAAAACACUACCAGAUUUCAAUAACAAGGUCCAAUUUUCGUGAAUUUUUGAAACAGUGAAUUUUUUUUUGAAUUCAGAUUUUUUGCACAUAUUCAUUUUUGAAAUGGCUAACAACUUGAAAUCAAAUUUUCCAAGAAAAAUCCAUUUUUUCGUGAAUUUUUAACCAAUAUUCAUUUUUUUUGCAGCUGUAAUUCAAAUUCCUCCAACCCACCAACAACUUGUAUUGGAAUAAUCGGAACUGAUCGAAUAUUCUCACAAUGUGUUCGUGCCUAUGUCGAAUCUCUUGCCCAUAAAUCCUCCUCAAAUUGGAUUCAAUAUCUCCGAUUUGUCCCGCUUCCAUCGCCAAAUUCGCUAUUCUCAAAAAUCACUGAAAAUAUCGACGCAAAUUUGGAUUCGCUUUGCAAAGAACUCUGGGAUAGAUUUGCGGAAAUGACGAGUUCCGAGAAAUCCGGCUAUUCUGCGCGACUUUUGGGUUAUUCGAUGGGAAAGACUGUGGCGAUGGUGAAUUUGCCGAUUGGAGAAGCCAUGUUGCAAAUGACGACGGAUUCGGAGAGCGGUGGAAGGAUUUUUUUGCCGUUUUUGUGUGAAGGUUGGUGUUUGAGGGGGAAAUUGGGUAGAAAAUGAGCUGGAAAUUGAAAAAAAAUGAGCUAAAAUCAUGUUUUGAAGCUGAAAAUCAACUGAAAUUCAUGAUUUUUGCUCGAAAAUGAGCCAGAAAUCGAGAAAAAUGAUAUAAAAAUAGUUUUGGAGCCAAAAUUCCGAAAAUAGAGCAUUUUACUGAAAAAUAAGCAAAAAUUCAUAAUUUUUGCUUGAAAAUUAGCCAAAUUCAGCAUUUUGCUAAAAAAUCUGCUGAAAUUUAAGAUUCUCUAUCCAAAAUUCAUGAUUUUUGGUCAAAAAUGAGCCGGAAAUCUGAAAUUUUCAUCAAAAAAUCUGAAAAGCUGAUCAAAAGUCCAAUUUGGUAGCUAUAAAAUUUCACUGUUUCAAAAAUAAAGUUUGAUAAAAUUUUUAAAUUUUGGAUUUGAUUGAAUCCUGUAAAUUUCUAGAUCAAAUAAUUUUUUUGAAAAAUAUUGUUCUUAACUAGAAAUAUUGAUUUUCAAGCCAGAAAUAAAAUUUUCAGUCAAAAAUUCACAGAAAAAGCAGUUUUCUUCCUGGUUUUUUAUUCAAGCAUUCAUAUUUGAAAUCCAGAAAUUUUUCACUGUUUCAAACUUAUUGUUAAAAUUUGUGUGAAAAGAUUGUUUGAUAGCCUCUUUUUUUUUUAAUUGAUAAAAAAUUCCAAAAAAUACUGUUUCAAAAAUGUUAUAGCUUUUUAUUCAAAUUCUGUUCUGUCAAUUGAAUGUUUUUAAAAAAAUACGGAAAAAAUUCACUGUUUCAAUAAAAUAACUAAUUUUUUGUCGGAAAGUUUAGAUUUGAUGUAUCUGGGGCUGUUCCAACUAAUUUUCUAGCUCAAAUAUGUUUUGAAAAAAAACAUAAAUUCAACUUUUAAAUAUUGAUUUCCAAGCUGAAAAUCAAGUUUUGAAGUCAAAAAUUUUCCGGAAAAUCAGUUUUCUUACUGGUUUAUUGUUCAAAAAAUCAUUUUUUGAAAUCCAACUAUUUUUCAACUUUUCAGUCAGGAAUUGACUUGAUUUUCAUCUGAAAAAGCAUUUUUCCUCCCUGGUUCUUCAUUCAAAAAUUCAUACUCAAAAUUCAUAGUUUUUCACUGUUUCAAACUUUAAAUUUGUCUGAAAAGUGCUGGAAAGCUUUGAUUUUAUUUUAUGAGGUUCGAUAUUUUAUUUUUGCAACGAAAAAUCCCAGAAAAAUACCCGGAAUUUGUAUGUUUCAAAAAAUCUAUGAAGGUUUUCUUGACGAAAAAUUCCAAUCUUCGAAGUUCCAAGAUCAAACCUCACCCAAGAACCUGGAGGAGUGGGUAAAAAUUGCCCACCUGGGUUUAUUUUAAAAAAUUGCCCACCUACUAAAAAAAUUUGCCCGCCUAAGGCUCGCCCUAAAGACCCUAAAAAAAAUUUGCCCGCCUAAGGCUCGCCUUAAAGACCCUAAAAAAAUUUGCCCGCCUAAGGCUCGCCUUAAAGACCCUAAAAAAAUUUGCCCAUCUAAGGCUCGCCUUGAAGACCCUAAAAAAAAAUUUGCCCACUUAAGGCUCGCCUUGAAGACCCUAAAAAAAAUUUGCCCACUUAAGGCUCGCCUUGAAGACCCUAAAAAAAUUUGCCCACCUAAGGCUCGCCUUGAAGACCCUAAAAAAAUUUGCCCACUUAAGGCUCGCCUUGAAGACCCUAAAAAAAUUUGCCCACUUAAGGCUCGCCUUGAAGACCCUAAAAAAAUUUGCCCACCUAAGGCUCGCCUUAAAGACCCUAAAAAAAAUUUGCCCGCCUAAGGCUCGCCUUAAAGACCCUAAAAAAAUUUGCCCGCCUAAGGCUUGCCUUAAAGACCCUAAAAAAAAAUUUGCCCAUCUAAGGCUCGCCUUGAAGACCCUAAAGAAAAUUUGCCCACUUAAGGCUCGCCUUGAAGACCCUAAAAAAAAUUUGCCCACCUAAGGCUCGCCUUGAAGACCCUAAAAAAAAUUUGCCCACCUAAGGCUCGCCUUGAAGACCCUAAAAAAAAUUUGCCCACCUAAGGCUCGCCUUGAAGACCCUAAAAAAAUUUGCCCACCUAGAUUUUUCGAAAAAAAAUUGCCCACCUGGAAUUCCAGGUAUUGGGUGAGGUUUGUUCCAAGAUUUCUAGCAAAAAAGGUCCCAAAAAACUUCAAUUUUUCACUGUUUCAAAAAUUGUUCAAUACAUUUCUGAAGAAAAAUGUUUGUUCUUCUACAGUUUUUUUUAAAGAAUAAAAAUGUCAUUAAAAUUUUUCGCGCUAAAAAAUCCACGAAAAUUCAAAUUUCUGACAGAAAUUAUGUUUAUCAGCUCAAAAUCCACAAAAUUUACUGUUUCAAAAAAUAUUGAAAUUUUUUCAAUGGAAAAUUUGAAUUUGAUGAUCCCUUUCUUACAAGUUCAACUUAAUUUAAAUUUUCAAAUAAAAAUACAUACAAGCUUCUUCUCAUUAAUAAAUUAAUUUUUUCCCCUGCUUAAAUUAAAAAUGUUCACUGUUUCAAAAGUUAACGAAAAUUGUGUUCUUGACCAGAACCUCAUUAAUUCUCAUAUGGCUUGUUCAAAAAUCUACUGUUUCAAACAUGGUUCAUAUUUUUGGUUGAAAAAUUGAGUUUGAUAAUAACGUAGCUCACACAUCAGAUAGUUCACGAUCAAAAAUAAAUGAAAAAUUUGAACUUUCAACCUGGAUUUUGAUUUUCUAGCUCAAAAUCUAUUUUUUUUUCAAACGAAAAAUUAGGAUAAAAAUUUUACUGUUUCAAUAUAUAUUGAACUUUUUUUGUGAAAAAUUGAAAUUAUUUCAUGACAGUUUGGUCUACCAAAAAUUAAAAAGAAGGCUGAAAAUCCAGUUUUCUAGCUAAAAAUCUCAUAUUAUUCAAUCAAAAAACCAAUUUUCUAACCCAAAAAAUUCACUGUUUCAAAAAUAAUUCAAUAUUUUUUGUGAAAAAGGUAGUUCGAUACGUAUUCCAGAAAUGUCCGAAUUUUCUAGCUCAAAAAUCAAUAAAAAAUAGUUUAUUUUUUCAAACCAAAAAUUUGAAUUUUUUCUACUGUUUCAGAAAAUCUAUGAAAAAGAAUUCCUGACGAAAAAUUCAAAUUAUUCAUUUUGGUGAGAAAAAAAAACUGAAAAUAAAAUUUCUAUUCCAAAAUUUCAUGAAAAAUCCCAUUUUCCAGCUCAGAAAAUCUGCAAAUCAAUUUUUAAACCCGAAAUUCUACCAAAAAUCAAGUUUCUAGCUCAAAAAACCUCGAAAAUCCCGAAUUUUCCACAUAAAACCCUCCAUUUUUGCAGUCCGAGUCGGAAAUCAACAACAACACGCGGAAAUUGGAACCGAUGAAGAUUCGGGUGGAAAUGGAAAUGGAAAUGGACCAUCCGCCUCUUCAGCUACUCAAAAAAAUCAAGAAAAUAUUGUUGUAACCUCACCAAGAGCCGAAGAUUCGCCACCAAAUUCACCACAUUUGAGAAAUAAUGUCGAUGGACAAGAAUUGAAUAUUGAUUAUUGGAUAAAUUCGAAUUUGGGAAGUUUUCCGACUUCGGAAAAUGUUGGAAAUUUGGCUGGAAAUAAUGGAGGGCCACCAACACCGAAUUCGAAAAAAGACGCGGCAAAAGUGACGGCCAAAGGACAUUUUAAAACGCUUUUUGUGUCGAGGUAAGCGGGGUUUUGGGAAAAAUAACUGAAAAUCAUGAUUUCUCACGGAAAAAUGAUCUAAAACAUACGAAAUACAGUAUUUUUGGCGCCAAAAUUAAUGACAAAUCACAAGUUUUUUUUUGAUAAUUUCUUGAAACAGUGAAAUUUUCAAAUGAAAAUAUAGUUUUUUUUAAUUUCAAAAAUAAAGAAUCUGAAAUUUUUGAAAUGAAAAACUCAUCAAAUUUCCAAAAAAAAAAAUUACAAGUUUUAUAAUAAUUUUUUGAAACAGUGAGAAAUUUUGAUUUUUUUGGACAAAGCUAUGUUCAGUUCAAUUUACUAAAUCUGUCAUAAACCACAAUUUUUUGAAACAGUAGAUUUUUUUCUGGAAUUUUUUAUUUUUAAAAUUUUCAGAAAUCUGAAUUUUCGAUAUGAAAUAAGAAAUCUCAUCAAAUUUCCAGAAAAAUCACAAGUUUUAUAAUAAUUUUUUGAAACAGUGAGAAAUUUGGAUUUUUUUGGACAUAUUGUCCAUUUGGAAAUGAGAUUCACCCCGCGAAAAAAUAAAUUUGAAUUUGAGAAAAUCUCUAAUUUCCCCCUACCCCCGCGACGCGUGUGCGUUGCGGUCGCUCUCCCAUACAAAACCCCCGUUGGCUGUUUGCCAGUUCACUCUCUCGCUGUCUGCGUCUCCUGCAGCAAAUUCAAAUUUAUUUUUUCGCGGGGUGAAUCUCAUUUCCAAACGGACAAUAUCUAAUGUGCGAACACUAAAUCCGUCAUAAAUCACAAUGAUUUAUCAAUUUUUUGAAACAGUAGAUUUUUUUCUGAAAUUUUUUCAUCAGAUUUUGAAUUUUUGAUAAGAUUUUGAAUUUUUGAGAAGCCUUGGAUUCUUUUCCUUGGAAAUCAACAUUUUAUUUUUUUUGGAAAAAAAAAUCAAAAAAUAAAGAAUCUGAAUUUCAUCAAAUUUCCAGAAAAAUCACAAAUUUUUUGAUAAUUUCUUGAAACAGUGAGAAAUUUUGAUUUUUUUUGGACACAGUUAUGUUCAAUUCACUAAAUCCGUCAUAAAUCACAAGUUUUUUGAUUAUUUUUUGAAACAGUAGAUUUUUUUCUGGAAUUUUUUAUCAGAUUUUUAAUUUUUGAGAAGCCUUGGAUUCUUUUCCUUGGAAAUCAACAUUUUAUUUUUUUUUCGGAAAAUUUUUUUGAAAAAAUAAUAUUUUUAUUACUCAAAUAUUGAUCAAUUUGAAUCUAGAAAACUGAAUUUUCUCUUCGAAAAAAUGGGGAUUUUUGAAUUAAGAACCAACUCAGUUAAUACUUCCAAAGCAGUUAAAAAAAAUAUGAUAAAUUGUUGAAACAGUGAAUUUUUUUCCAGAAUUUUUUCAUCCAAAAACCUCAUUUUUUUUCACAGAUCUUCAAGCACCGGAACUCUCGCUCUCACAUAUUUGAAAGAAAAACGAAAAGAUAAAAUGCUCCAAAAAUUGGGAAUGAAAAAAGGACAAAAGCAGCGACAAGAGGGAGAAGAACCGAUUAUUAUACAAUCAAUUGGAAGAAUGUUGUGUUGUGCAAGUGGAAAACAUAAUGAAUUGAUGAGUGAGUUUUUGGGGAAAUUUUGGGAAUUUUUGAGCUAAAAUUUGAGAUUUUCGAAGGUUUUUGAGCCUAGAAACGAAGAAAAUUGAUUUUCCAGUAUUCUGGCUGAAAAUUCAUGAUUUUUGAGCUUGAAUUCGAAAUUUUUGGUGAAAUUUGAGCCUAGAAACACGAAAAAUUAUUCCUAAAAAAUCACUGUUUCAAAAUUAUUUUGAAUAAAAAAUUGAGCAUUUUUGUGGAUUUACAUUCUUUCUCAUGGCCAAAAUUUUAAUUUUUAGUUCAAAAUUUUGAAAAUGACUUUUUCAGCUAGGUUCUAGUUUUCUGGGUGAAAAUUCAUGUUUUUUGAGCUUGAAUUUAGAAAUUUUUGAUGAAUUUUCAGCCCAGAAACAAUACAAAUUAUUCCUUAAAAAUUCACUGUUUCAAAAUUAUUUUUAAUGAAAAAAUUGAGAAUUUUUGUGGAUUGGCCUAGUCCGCUCUCAUCCAAAAUUUUAAUUUCUAAAAUAAAAAACCUGAAAAUGAAUUUUUCAGCUAGAUUCUUGUUUUCUGGCUGAAAAUUCAUGAUUUUUGAGCUUGAAUUCAAAAUUUUUAGUGAAUUUUGAGCCUAGAUACACGAAAAAUUAUUCAUGAAACAUUCACUGUUUCAAAAUUGUUUUGAAUAAAAAAAUGGAAUUUUUGUGGAUUGGCAUAGACUCCCAUUUUUCCAAAAUUUUAAUUUUUAGAAAAAAUUCUGAAAAUGGAUUUUUCAGCUAGAUUCUAGUAUUCUGGCUGAAAAUUCAUGAUUUUGAGCUAAAAUUUGAGAUUUUCGAAGAUUUUUUGAGCCCAGGAACAAUACAAAUUAUUCCUUGAAAAUUCACUGUUUCAAAUUUAUUUGAAUAAAAAAAUUGAGAAUUUUUGUGGAUCAAUAUACUCUAUUGUUUUCCAAAAUUUUAAUUUUUAGGUAAAAAUUCUGAAAAUGGAUUUUUCAGCUAGAUUCUAGUAUUUUGGCUGAAAAUUCAUGAUUUUUGAGCUUGAAUUCAAAUUUUUGGUAAAUUUUGAGCUUAGAAACACGAAAAAUUAUUCUUGAAAAAAUCACUGUUUCAAAAUUAUUCUAGAUAAAAAAUUGAAAAUUUUCGUGGAUUAACAUUCUCUCCUGCAUUUUAAUUUUUAGAUAAAAAUUCUGAAAAUGAAUUUUUCAGCUAGGUUCUAGUAUUCUGGCUGAAAAUUCAUGAUUUUUUAGCUUGAAUUCCAAAAUUUUUGGUGAAUUUUGAGCCUAGAAGCACGAAAAAUUAUUCAUGAAAAAUUCACUGUUUCAAAAUUGUUUUGAAUAAAAAGUUCAGAAUUUUCGUGGAUGAAGUCAUAUUCGAAAGUACAGAAAAAAUCAAAAUUCUGAAAUUUAUCACUCUUUUCUGAGAAUUUUUCACCCAGAAUCAAUUUUAGAUGAUUUUUGACUGAAAUUCCUGAUUUUUUACACUAAAACGUCUUGAAAUAAAAUUCACUGUUUCAAAAUUUUUUUAUUAAAAAUUUGAAAAUUGAAAUUUUGAUAACUAUAUUUCGCCUGCUCGUAUAUAAAUACUGGAACUUGACUAAUGAAAAAAUUCACUGUUUCAAAAUUAUUCCAAAAUUUGAAUUUUUAUGGAAUUUCUGAUAUUCUAUCUGAUUUACGUUUCAAAUUCAAAAAUGUUUUUGAAAAUUAGAAUUUUUGAAAAAUUUGAUAACAGUUUUCUUGAAAAUCAUUUUUCACCAAAAAAUUUCUGAAAUUAAUUUUUUUUUCUUAUGGGGCUAUUCAAGUAUUUUCUCAACACGCUGAGAAAACAGGAGAAAAGCGGAGAAAAUGCAUUUUCUUCACUUUUUUCGUAUUUUCUCAGCUUACCUGAAUAGGUUUUCUUCGCUUUUCUCAGCGUUGAGAAAAUAACUUGAAUAGCCCCAUUAAAAAAAUCCUAGAAAACUACAGAAAACCUAAUAGAAAAUUCGAACAAUUUUCACUGUUUCAAAAAAUGUUGGAAAUUUAGUUUUUUUCUGAAUUUUUGAUAUUGUGUCCGAAUUUAUUCAAAAAAAAUCACUGUUUCAAAAUAUUUAUAUUUUUUCUGAAAAUUCAAGAAAAAUCUUCAAAAUUUUACUGAAAAUCCCAAUUUUUGCAGUAAUAAUCGACGGAAUACCGUACUCUGGAAUUCGUUAUUUCCAAACUGUUCCACAAUGGCAAACUCACGUCAAAUCCUUCCCAAUCGCCAUUUUUGCCUGA